UCGAAUACGUUAACAUUUACUGAAAAAUGGGGAAUAAGGUUAGUACGGUCGGGGAUGAUGUGAAACGCCAGGGAGAGGGUUCGGGUGUUGACAGUCGGGCAGCCGAUGUUUAUAAAAUGGUGGACUUGAAAGGAGGCGGAGAUUUGGUAGAGAUGACAAAAAGAGCUCGCUGGACCAAAAAUUUCAAAGAAUUAGAUGACACAAUACAAGAAAAAGUAAAACCAUUUUUAUAUGACGGUGGACGUGGAAAGAAAAUCCCAAUUACAGAAAUAAUAGAUCGGAGAAACAAGGCCCGGUCAAGUGCUAUUAAGUCUUCAUCAAAGGAUAAACAGAAAAAGGCACAUGAAGCAUUAUUGGACGUGAAGUUUCAGGAUAGUGAAGGCAAUUAUCUCCAUAAUAAACCAGAUCGGAAGUUCCGUGAUUGUUGCUGGGACAUUGAUCAGAGAGGCUCAGUAGGGGAGACAAUCCUCCACCUGUGUCUCCUGAAUGCCACUGCCAUACACGCUGAUCUGGCCAAGCGGUUAAUCCAGGCAUUUCCUAAAAUGAUCAACGACAUCUAUCUCGCUGAUGAAUAUUUUGGGGAGAGCAUCCUACACAUAGCUAUUGUGAACGAAGAUCCAGCUAUGGUGAAGUUCCUUUUGGACAAUGGAGCAGAUGUCCAGGAGAGAGCGUGUGGGAAUUUCUUCUGUCCAGAUGAUCAGAAAAGUUCACGUAUGGACAGCUAUGACCAUGAAUGGGUGGAUGUGACUGAGAAAACAAAUUAUGAAGGACAUGUAUACUUUGGAGAGUUUCCCCUGUCAUUUGCGGCCUGUCUUGGACAGGAGGAGUGUGUUAGACUGCUCAUUGCCAAGGGAGCUAACCCAAAUGUACAGGACACUAACGGAAACACAGUGAUGCAUAUGUUAGUGAUCCAUGAUAGAAAGGAAAGUGAAUUUGAUGGAGAGUAUGCUUCUAAAAAGGACAUGUUUAAUCUGUUGCUGGACCUGGGAGCCAGACUGGACAUCAAGAACCGGCAGGGUCUUACACCACUGACACUGGCCGCUACACUGACCAGAAAAGAGAUGUAUGAGCACAUUUUGGAGAAGAUUCGUCAGGUGUGCUGGAUCUAUGGAAAUGUGACGUGUGCUGGUUAUCCUCUGAAAGACAUUGACACAAUCUCCGAGACCGGUGACAUCAACAGAAACUCUGCCUUAAACUUAGUUGUCUAUGGGACAGAGGAUGGCCAUCUGGACAUGAUGGAUGGACUUAUUGUUGAACUUCUGAAAGACAAGUGGAAAACUUUUGUUGGACACAGGUUUUAUAGAAGAUUUGCCAUCUUCUUUCUUUACUUCAUCCUCUUCAUGUUUGCGUUUAUCCUACGUCCCGGGAGCGACUUAUGUCCCACUAAGAUUGCCAGUAACGAUAACACGACUGUAACUCAGACAAGCGAGGUGACCUCAGAAAGUGAUGGCUGUUAUCUCAUCAAAGCCUGUCGUACAGAGGAUAAAGUGAGGUUUGCACUGGAGAUCUUGGUGUUAAUUGGAGCAUUGUGGUACAUCUUUAUUGCUAUGAAGGAGAUCUAUCACCAAGGUUUCAGGGUCUUCUUCACCACUCUUAAAGGGGCCCCUGCCAAGGCAAUGUUUCUGCUGUCAGACAUUUUGGUGGUUUUGAUGCUGCCAGGCCGAGCUCUCUGUCAACAUGAGUAUGAGGACAUUAUAGCUGUGUUUGCCAUUCUGUUCACAGCUCCCUACUUUCUCUUCUUCUGCAGAGGCUUUAAGAUUGUGGGUCCUUUUGUUGUGAUGAUUUACAAAAUGAUUGCUGGAGAUUUACUUAGAUGGAUCAUCAUCUACCUGGUCUUCAUCAUUGGUUUCUCUCAAGCUUUUUAUAUUGCAUUUGUUAAUGGUACCUGUGACCCCAAUUCAGACCCCUGCGUUUUCUUGAGCCCCAUUGAGUCAAUCAUUGGGAUGUUUGCUAUGAAUGUUGGAGAGUUUGAGGACAUUUACGGCACUUUUGAUUCCUCUGAAUAUCCCACCGUGGUCAAAAUAAUCUUCAUGAUCUAUAUGAUCAUGGUGACUCUGCUAUUGGUUAACAUGUUAAUUGCUAUGAUGGGAAAUACAUAUCAGCUGAUUAACGAGACACAGAAGGAAUGGUUCAGACAGUGGGCUAAAAUUGUUUUGGUGGUGGAGCAGAGUGUAACAACAGAAAUCAGACGAACCCAGCGACAGAAGUAUUCUCAGCCGAGCGCUGAUGGGGACAGAAUGUUCAUCGUCAGGUGGCAUCAAACUCAAAAGGAGCAGGAAGAGAUGGCACGCCAGAAGGAAGAGAUUUACCAAAAGCAGAGGAAGGCUGCUGCAGAAAAGAGGAAGAACAUCUUCCGUAAAAUGUCCACACCAAAAGUGAUAGACACUAGAGAGGCGGAGGAAGGUCAUAUCAAUAUGUAAAGGGGUGGCAAUCUUAACUAUAGGAGGAUGUCAUAACAAAGGGACAUUAUUUACCAUGAGGUGAAUGUCCGAUGGAACGGACAGUAUGAAGUGGAUGUCCAGUGGAACGGACAGUAAAAACUGUGUAUGAAUUGUACGUUCCGACUUAAGGGGGCCGACUGGGGUUUUCAUUGCGCAAUACUUCGCGCAGCAUAGUAAAAUAAAGCGUAUUUGCUCUUUUAAAGCAACUAUUUUUACAUAAUUUACAAAAAUUAACAAAUUUAGGAAAACUAAGGUUAAAAAAUCUAAUUACGUUUUUAAAUAACUGAUUUUUUAAACGAUUUUUGAAAUGAUGGGUAGAUAGACGUCGUAACAGCGUGUUUCUGACGUUAUGAUAACUGAAGUUCUUUAAGCGGGGUCAUUAAUUAUGUCAUAAAAUAAAAAGUAUAAAAUAGAUGCUCUUGAAAUUUUAAACACAGGAAAUUGAGAAUCUCACAAUAAUUUUUAUUUUUUUUUUAUGUAAAUCUGUGGUAUCUGUCAUGUUUUGUUGUACUCCAUUAAAACAGGAAAAUAUCACGAUUUUAGACAUUUUGAGAAGCCCCCUCUGGAAACCAGAUGGUAGAAUUUUGUGUUUCUUGCGAAAAAUGUACAAUAUAGUAUUAUCCAUCAAAUAAUAUAAUUUGAGCAAAAAGUCUAUAGUAGCAUUUGUAUAAUUUGCUCCAAAGUGCGAAAAAAUGGUAUUUCCCUAUAUAACCCUAUAGUAAAUGUACCUGUAUUUUGAGAUGGUCCCUAAAAAAUAACCAGACGGUAGAUGUUCACUAAACUUGGCAUAUAUACUGAAGUCAAUGUAAGGUAUAUAUUGUAUAAAAUUAAAGAGUUUCUCUAUAGUAGUUUUCACACAAUAAAACCCCAGUCGGCUCCCUUAAGAUUUUAUUUUUCCUGUGAAAAACGAAUGUGUGCUCUAGUUUUGGUACAAAAAUCAAUUUAUAUUUCCCCAUUUCUAGUCAAUUAUUUUUUGAAAAAGUUUUUUGCAAUAAUCUAUGAUUAUUGCUUUUGGAUGAAUAUUAUGUGCCUUUAAAUGCCGUUGUCUUAAGGUCACCUGGGUCAUUCACUCCGUUUGCCCUCAGGAUAUGGUGAAGCAGGCAAGCUGUUUACAUGGUUAUAAAAAGCAGUAAGCCCCUUAGCAAAAUUGUGAAAAUCAUUGAUAUCUCCUCUGGGCUCAGGAUUUAAGCUUCAGGGAAAGGCUAAGUUGUUUAUAAAUUGCAAAUACAUUAAUUCCCCUUUAAAAGAUCUUGUUUUAUUUCACAAUGUACCUUUAAAACUCUUAUGUAUUACUGGAUCUUCAGCAGCCAAACUAUAUGGCAAUGCAUGAUGGAAGUAAGCUUCGAGUACUUGACUUAAUUGUGAAUUAAUCCCCAGGGUCCAGGCCCAUCAGAGGGAAGGGGACUAAAUUGACCAUUUAUUUAAAAGGCAUUCUGUUUUUUCCCUUCACUCCUGAGCAUCAAGGAGCCAAGCUUUAUACAAUUUGAUGUGAACAUUGUCCUUAAAAACUAUAAAUAUUGUAUGUGUCCUAAUUUCUUGUCCUCUGGAUUGCCUGAGAAAACUCAUGAUACUCAGGUGACAUUAAGGCUUAUGGACUUAUGUUUUACAGACUGUCCAUCCAUGCUACACAUACAUGUAAUUAUUACCAUUAUUACCAAUUAUUUUGUUUGCCAUUUCCAUUCUCUAUGAAACUUUUUUAGUAUCAAAAAUCAACCAGUCUGCUUUCUUUUUCUUAAUCAGUAAAAAAAAAAAUUCAGUUAUAUUUUUUGUAUGUAUAUGACAACCAUACAUUUUUUUUAUGAUUUAUAUUUUUUCACAUACUUUUUGUUUACUUAACACUGAAAACUUUUAUUUUAUAAUUUUAUGGAUACUGCAUUGCAUACUGUCCAUGUUUUAUGCUGUGAU